UCUCUCUCUCUCUCUCCCCCUCAUUUUCUUCCCUGCCUCCCUAUUUGUCCAACAUUCCCCACACGUCUCCGGCCACAGCAGAUACGACACCACAAAUGUUUUCACGCAGAGUGCGGUAUGUGACAGCAUCGGCCAUAUAAGAUCCAGGUUGAUUGCUGAUGUCAAGUUAAGAAGAACCACAAAGAAAAACACCCCACAGCUUUCCUUCAUGUCACGCCACAGUCAGCAAGCAAUGGCCAGCGAGCAGCAAUGACAAUAACGUACUCUCGCAGGGUUGCUGAUGCAGGUCUGGGGACCUUCUUCCACCUGCUUCUGCGAUGGAAGGGCAGCAUCUACAAACUUCUCUACAGAGAGCUCAUCAUCUUUACUCUUCUCUACUACUUCUUCAGUAUUGUUUAUAGGUUUGUGUUCAAUGAUGACCAAAGGAGGCUGUUUGAGAAGCUGUCUCUCUACUGUGAUCGCUAUGCAGAACUCAUCCCCGUCUCAUUUGUGCUGGGUUUCUAUGUCACCUUGGUCGUAUCCCGUUGGUGGGGACAGUUUGAGAACGUUCCCUGGCCGGACCGGUUGGCAGCAUUAGUGGGUGGUCAUAUUCGUGGAGCUGAUGAGCCCUCCAGGUUGACCCGACGAACCCUGAUGCGUUACGCCAAUCUCUCUGGUGUGCUCAUCUACCGUUCUGUCAGCACUGCUGUCUACAAGAGGUUUCCAACCAUGGAGCAUCUGGUGCAGGCAGGCUUGAUGACCUCAGAGGAGCUGAGGAGCCUUGAGGACUUGCCUUCUCCCCACAACAAGUUCUGGGUUCCCUGCAUGUGGUUUGUCACUCUAACUCUGAGGGCUCGGGCUGAGGGUCGCAUCAACAACGACGUAGCACUCACAGCCAUUCUCACUGAGUUAAAUAGCUUACGAGCAAAGUGUAUGCAGCUGUAUGGUUAUGACUGGAUCAGCCUGCCACUUGUCUAUACUCAGGUGGUGACAGUGGCCGUUUACAGCUUCUUCCUGGCCUGCCUAAUUGGUCGCCAGUUCUUGGAUCCAUCUCAGGGUUAUCCUGGUCAUGAUGUAGACUUCUACCUGCCUGUUUUCACCCUGCUACAGUUCUUCUUUUAUGUUGGUUGGCUAAAGGUGGCUGAGCAGCUCAUAAAUCCUUUUGGUGAAGAUGAUGAUGACUUUGAAACCAACUGGCUCGUUGAUCGCAAUCUACAGGUGUCCUUGUUGUCUGUGGAUGAAAUGUAUGACAGCCUUCCGUUGGUUGAAAGGGAUAUGUACUGGAAUGAGUCUGAACCUCAGCCUCCCUACACUGCUGCCAGCGCUGAACAUCGCAAACCCUCCUUCAUGGGCUCAGCCCUGGAUAUCAGUGUUCCUAAGGAGGAGAUGGAGUUUCAGUCCAAUCUGGAGCAAAUCAAAGAAAACGAGGAAGCCAACUACUCCACCCCACUGCUUGGAGGGCUGGGUCGUCUUCUUGGUGUCCAUUCCCCAAACUUUCCUCGUUCCUCUCGGGUUUCUCUGCUGCGUCGCCGCCCUGGAGCACCGCUGAGCCGCUUUCCUCUGUUCCUUCACCCAGAAGCACUAUCGACUCAGAGUCAAGCCCGCCAACCUUUGAACCAAGAGCGAGACCCAGACUAUGCCUUCUCUAACAUUCCCCUAUAUGAGAGACCCGGUUUUUACAGCUGCCCACAAACACCCAUCCAUUGUGUCCCACCUGCAGUGCCCCGACCCCGACCUGCCCGUCGACUUCAGAAUGAAUGUGACCGCAGCUGUGCCUCCCUCGCUCAUCCAAUGGUAGCUUCUCAGAUGCUGCCUCCUGACACCCCAAACCACAUCCCUCCACCUCCAUCCUCUGCAUUUCCUUGGCUCAGUGAGGAUGGCGAGACACCAAGUGCUCCUACAUUCUCCUUUCCGGACCCCUUACCUGAACUCUGCCCAAUCUCCAAACUCAGACCUGGACAUGGCCUGCUGUCUCGCCGCCCUCUACCUCCCCGCCUUACUCUGGACCCCCUCCCCUCAGCUGAGAGCCAACCAGGACCCCUAAGUGCUCGGGCGACAGGAAGCGGAGGAGAAAGGGUGUUCUCGUUCACUCCACCGUCUCGCACAGCAGCAAAUCCCAGUAAUCCCAACAGCAGCUCUAGCAGCAUUAAUGCAACAAGCACCAACAGCGCUGGCACAACAGGAAGUCUCAGCAACAAUACAAGUCACAGUAAUUUUAGUAACCAUGGUAACUUUAGCUCCAACGUGAAGACAAGCAACGGGGGCACCAACGGUGGACUUAGCAAUAACAUGAACACGGUUCCUACUGCAGCAUCAUCUCAACCAGAAACCAAUCAGCAGAACUCGCCCAAUGACUCGGGAAUCUCAUUGGCUGAAGGAGACCUUCUGGGUGUUUUGGUGGACAGUGCGGUGAACAAGGCAGCAGGAGGGAGGGACCAGGACUAAGCAAAAAGGGUGUGACUGAGGGUUUUCGUAUCACAUACAGUAUUUAAAUAUUUGAGCCUAACACGGUCCGAUCGUUGUCACAGUCUGAAUGUAUCACAGUUAUUUGUACUAUGCAAAGCUGAAAGUAUUUCAGUUAAUCUCUACUUCCUGGUAUGCUCUUAUGGAACACUUGACCUACUUGUGAUUCAACAGCACCAUAACAGAGUUAACAGUCAACAUGUGAAGGAAGACGGAAGUAGCAUUGUUUCUGAUUUUAUCUUUAAUAAAUAUUCAGUAUCAUGUUG